AUGGGUCCAGAUAAGGUGGAUAAUAUGGACUUGAAGAGAACAGCUUUGUUUAGUAUUACCAUUGGUUUUAUUGAUUCUCAAUGGCAACGAGUGGAUUUGGUACUUGCGGUGAAAGAAAUUGUACAAGAUCAGCAUAAAGAUGAACAAAUUGAUCACUUGGUGACUCAGGCAGUGUCAAAGAUGUACGACAUUCCAUCGAUUUUAGACUAUACGAGGUUUCGUGUGGCUCUUGAUGAUGAUUUGCCGUUACAUUUUGAUACUACUGGAAGGUACGAAUUGCCCAUGGACAAGCAAGAAGAUUUGCUCACACGUUCACUACGUUGCUGUGUCAUGGACGCUCUGGGUGUUGGUCCAAGCAGCACUUUUGGCGGUGAGACGAAGGUUUGUCGUAUUUUACGCUUGCUACAAGACUUGGUGACAUUCUUUGAGCUGCCUGAUGAAGCCCAUGAUUUGGCUGAAAUUGGUGCUGCACAUGGUACGCACAAAUCCGUUGAUAUGGCCUCGUCAGUGGGUGAAAAUCUGGCAUUCUCUACUUCGACUUCAUUUGGAGCAAUUGCAAAUCUUAUUAAAACUAGUUGUGCGCGCUUCCCUAUGUACUGGUCGUAUUUUGAAUCCGCCGUGAGAUCACCAGCAACUAAGCCUCAGUUGGAGGAGGCGUGGACACAGCUCACCAUGGAGGAUUGGCAGACUAUCAUGGAAAUCGAGGCAAUGUUGAAUCACCUGGGGCAGUUUCGUCUUGAAGAUCGUGUAGCUUCACGAUUGGGUGCGGUGGCAUCAUCAUAUGCAAUGCUGUUUCGACGUCUCCUGUCCGUCACAAUCAAUGCCUCCAGCUUUAAAUGCUACCUAAUUGAUGAGUCCACGAUUGCGGCAUCGCCUCCCAAGAGCACUGCACGUCGUAAAUCAAAGCGCGUGGACACAUUUACUUCAACGGGCCAACAGUGUGUUAUGCGGCUUCGUCAGCUCAUUGCACAGAAUUUCACGAGUCCUUCGACUCCGUUAGGUGUUGAUGAUGAAAUCAAAGCCAUGCUGUUGGAUCCACGCAUCAGUUCCAAGGCUGCAAAUCUUGUGACAGACACUUAUGCUUUUCUUCGUGCUCAAGAAGCUUUGCGUCAAGAACAUCGUGCUGCCUUUGAGUUGCUUGUAGCUCAUCAGGGCAGUGCAAGCCCUAAUGCCGACGAUGAGCUCGAAGGUGAUGACGACGACGAUGAAAUUAGUGCUCUUUUGAUGGUUGAUGGACCAAAGAACCAGCCGUCUACUGCCCCGUCCACUACGACUAGUGGAAGACGUUCAAGUGAUGCCGUAGCUGUGGAUGAAGCUCGCGCUUGGCGAGAGUGGCAGAAAGUGUACGUCGCGUGGGAUACUUUUGCGCGCGACGGGGCCGAUCUAUUUGACAAAGGUCAAUACAAUUUGCUGAAGCUGUAUCAUCAUGUGGAUAUAUUGAAGUGGUUUCGCGAUGUUGGCCAGCAAGCGCACCCAGCAGUGUCGCUAUUAGCGCGCAUAUAUUUCGGUCAACAGCGUCCGCCGUUUCAAGCUCUUGGAGCGUCGCUCUUGCGCUUCGCAAUGCAGGAAGAGACUACUUGGUUAGCUGGAGCUGCUCAGCGAGCAGAGAAGCGUUGUCUUUUACACCACAAUUGGCACCAGUAUCAACAGUUGAGUACGAACACGACGGUACUCGCCACAAGCGACAAGAAAGACAAGACGAGUCAUCUUUGA